GCCUCGCACGUCUCGCGGUGUUUGUAUCCACGAGCGGGCGCGAACCGGGACGUGUUCCUGGCGGGCGGCGUCUCAUCUCCUUGUUGCCGGUUCGUCUCCAAUUCCCGGAACCUCCGGGCCCAGCAGCAUGACGUCUGCCUUGGAGAACUACAUCAACCGAACUGUUGCUGUUAUCACUUCUGAUGGGAGAAUGAUUGUGGGAACACUAAAAGGUUUUGACCAGACCAUUAAUUUGAUUUUGGACGAAAGCCACGAGAGGGUGUUCAGUUCUUCGCAAGGAGUUGAACAAGUCGUAUUAGGAUUAUACAUUGUGAGAGGUGACAAUGUAGCUGUUAUUGGAGAAAUUGAUGAGGAGACAGACUCUGCGCUUGACUUGGGGAACAUCCGAGCAGAACCUCUGAACUCCGUCGCACACUGAAGACUCAGAGUGCUUAGGUGUCUGUAAAUCCUGUAUAAAAUCUGCUUGUCCUGAAGAUGAUGAGAAUUUUUUAUGAAUGUGUAAUUGUGGAUUUUGACUUUGUGUUGGUUCAUUGUAAUAUGUAAAUUUAAAUAUUUCUACAUUUUUAUUGGGAAACAUUGCCUAAAUUAAUAAAUGUGGUUGCCUGGUUUAUUUUUCUACUAAAUGAUAUAAAAGUCUAAGAAUCAUUUUGAAAACUUAGCAAAUACCAUUGCUUUUGGUAAUUUAAUAUUUAUGGAAAAUUGGCUGUAAAACUUGGGCUAUUAUUAUAACUUAUACAUGCGAAUAAUAAUAGUAAUAAAAGAGACACAUUUCUUACCGU